AUGCCUUCUACCAUCAUGUCGCCCAAGGCGCGAGCGAUUGAUGUCCUGCCCGCUGAGGUUCUACAGCUUAUCUUGGUUCAGCUUGUCAGCCUCACUCCUAUCACCUAUGACUAUGACAUAUCUCACGACGACAUCAUAAUUAAGAAUCUGGGCUGGUUGGCUUUCGGUAUUGUCUGCCGCCGCUGGCGGAGCGCGGCUGCGUCCUGCCCACGGGUCUACGCCAACGCCUUAACCCAGGCUCCUGAUAGGAUCAGGAAGUUUGCGGGACGGGCCGGCCAAGUAGCAGCGCACAUCCAGUUCGACAGAAAUAUACCCUCAUUUUCAAGCUUCCCUCGGCGCCAACGAAUGUUACGCUUCAUGGAGAGUGUCUACAGACUGCCCGCCUUCCAGAACGCAGAAAGCAUUGUCGUCGAACCUCCUUAUGACGCCAUAGAUCUUGUUACACGACUGGUCAAGCCAGGAAGGACAUUCCUUAACCUACGAACGCUAUCUAUUGCUGUCUCUCAUCAACUUUAUCCGGACCCAUAUUCAGACUCAGACAUUGUGGUGAUGUUCCUCGACAAAGCCUCCAAUAACCCUAUUAUAUGUCCAAACCUCAAAGAAGUCUUUCUGAGCGGCGUCUGGAUUGGGUUCAAGGCGGAGAAACUGGAGAAACUGGAGCAGAAGACGACAAACCUCAAUCAAGAAGCCCCAGGACUGUCAAGAUGGUGGAGCGUUACGAUUGGAGCCACCGUCAAUAGACUUACUACGCUGGUGCUCGACAGCGCUUUCCGCAUUCUUGAAGAUCAAGACCUUGAGUCUUUCUGUCGGACGCGCGAGAGACUGGUGUCGCUUCAGUCCCUAGACAUAAGCGGCACAGCAGUUUCGAUAUGCCAGCUAUUAAGAAAGGUUAUUCUGCCGGACAGCAUUUCAAGCGUCCAGCUCACAGUGACCAAGCGGGUCUCUGGAGAUGAAGAGGAUAUCAUGGCGAUUUCUCAUUAUCUCGACUUCGCCAAUGGUGCAUAUUGGCAGUUCACCGUGGAGUUUGCUGCCAUAUAUCCCCGUCAUUCACAGGAGUUCGUCUUCCUACCCAUCAUUCUUGGCCUCCGCGAAGCGUCUGCACAAGACAAACAAGAACACCAAGCGUCCUUGCGCCAGCACAGAGGGCUCUCUAAGGCCAACUUCACGUUUGCCAUCGACUGCCCUUGCAUGCGAGGACCGCAGGCACGAUGGGAGCGUAUGCUGUGCUCUCUUGUGAAGGGUAUGAGCACAAAACCUCUGCAAUCUCUUUCCUUCAGAAUACCAGAGAAUUUUUAUAAAGCGGGCCGCACAGACUGGCAAUAUCUGCGAUCCAAUAUAGGAGACCAUCUGACCAUCCUUUCGAAUGCCAACCCCAAGUUUGUGGACUUGCACGAUGUUAACUACAUUACCUGGAUGCAUUCUGUGCAAGGACAUCAGAGCAUUUAUGUAUCACCUGUACUAUGA